AUGCCUUGCUGUACAGGAAAAGCCAGUACAAAUGCGAAACCACCACAACCAGUGGACAAAAUACCUGAUUCAUCAUCGGGAGAAAAACUUCGACCAAUCAAUCCCGUUAUGAAACCUGCCGAUCCUUCUAAAAUUGAAUAUACGAUUACUGUAAAAACGGGUAAUUACCGCAAUUCCGGUACUAAUGGCCCGGUUUAUUUGAAAAUAUUUGGCCGCGAUAAUCGACAGACGGAAGAUAUACUUCUGAAAACAUCGUCAAACGAAAAGUUCUUUUCACAAGAAUCGACAAGAAAGUUUCAAAUUCAAGCUAUUGACGUCGGUAAGCCGCAACGAAUCGUUCUGCGACAUGAAAACAAAGACAGUGGAUGGUACGUUGAUUACGUUGAUGUGUCCGUUCAUGAUUUUCUCAUCAGAUUCUUUGUCAAUCGGUGGUUAGAUGAAACGAAACACGAUCGGAAACUAUCGGUGGAAUUGUUUGGUACAGAACAGCCAGCUGCCAAUUAUAACAUUGAAGUUUACACAGGCAGUGAACAGAUGGAACCAUUGGAUUCACCGGUAUACAUACAAAUCUUUGGAACAGUGUCGACAACACCGAAGAUCUUCUUAGAAUCGAAAAACAGUUCGUUUACGAAAAAUUCUCAAGCGAAAUUUAACGUUGAUAGUAACAAUGUUGGUCAGAUUGAGAAGAUCAUAAUUGGACAUGAAGGUUUAGGAACAGUGAAUGAUUGGUUUUUACAAACUGUCAAAGUGCAAACCGAUUCUGAACAACAGCAAUUUAUAGCAAAUAGAUGGCUGAGUCCGACGAAAGAUGAUAAGAAAUUAUUUGUUGAAUUGACACGACGCGUACCAUCACCGCCACCUUCAAUGUAUAUGGUGACUGUACGAACCGGAGAUGUUCCUCACAACGAAAUAGCAGAAAACGUGCAAAUGAGUAUUCGAGGAGCAAAUGGCGAAGUUGAGAAAGUGUUAUUGAAGGAACAUUGGAAAUCAGACGAGCAGCAGAAGGUCUUUCAACAAGGAAAAACAGAUCAAUUUGAAAUAAAACAUGCUGAUAUUGGACAGAUUGAAAGUCUUACCAUUGGUUUCGAUGACCCCGACCAACGAUUUGCUUGGAUGCUGGAUACUGUUGAGAUCAAAUAUAAAAAAACAGUUUAUCAUUUUCAAGGACGAUGUUGGCUAUCAAGCCGAUUAGGUCAAGAUUUUAGUUGGAUUACGAUUAAACCGGAAGCGAAUCAUGACGAUAUUACCUAUAAAACAACUAUCACCACUGGUGAAUCUGGUAUCGGUAGUAAUGUAAUCUUAUGCAUCUAUGGCGAAAGUAAUGUGACCAAAAACUUCGCUUUAACGCAAACGAUGGACGGUUCAAAAGCUAGAUUUGAGCAGAAUAGUCAAUUACAAUUUGAUUUGAAAGCCACUGACGUCGGAAAAAUAAAAAAGAUCAAUAUUGGACAUGAUGGACAAGAAGAAGACCAACAAUGGUCUCUCGAAGCAGUACGAAUCGAAAAGAAAGAUGAACAAUACACAUUCAAAGCCGAUCGGUGUUUGAAAGCAAAAGAUAACAACUUUGUCGAUCUAUUCCCUGAAGACUCACUGUCAAAAGAAGUUGUUUAUAAAAUUACUGUCAUAACCAGUUCGGAAGAAGAUUCAAGUACAGAUUCUGGUGUGUUUAUGACCAUUUACGGCGAAAAAGGACAAACAAAAAAGUUUCAAUUAAUUAAACCUAAUGAAGAUUCGGAAUCUUUGUUUCGACAAGGUCAAACGAGUGAAUUUGAAAUGGAACUUGUUGAUGUUGGAAAGAUUCAUAAGAUAAACAUUGGACAAGAUGGAAAAGGUCUCCGUCCAAUGUGGCACUUAGAUGCCGUAAAAAUUCUUCAAAACGGAUCAGAACUCUAUAAUUUUAUUGCUGAUACAACACUCGACUUAUCCAUGCCGUACAUCGAUCUAACGCCGUCUUUACCAGAAGCACCACCGAGUUCUAAUUCUUCGAAACGUAGUUCCAUGACAGACAAAUUAGAAGUUCAAGAAACAACAUACAAAGUUUUGGUACAAUAUGGUACAUUACAACAGCGAUCACUUGGUGACGACGAUGAUGACGAUGAAUCCCAGCUUCACAUGGUCAUAUUUGGAUCGAACGGUCAAACAAAAAGAAUAGUGCUUCGAAAGAAUUUGGCUGGUGAAAUCGAUCUGCAAGCGACCGACGUUGGACAGAUCACAAAAAUAACUCUGGAGCAAAAUGGUAGUAAACAUACAAAAUUUUCCAAUCUGGAUCGUAUCAUUAUCAAACGAGGAGAUGAAACAACAAUCUUCAAUAUUAAACGUACAAUCGAACCAAACACCGAACUGGAAUUCGCUCCAUCAUCAGAUGACCCACCUAUGGAUGAACCGACAUUAACAUCCACUUCUGACGUUGAAAGAAAAGAUGCUGUUUAUAAGAUUAAAGUUGGCACAGGUGAACGAACAUUUCAUGGAACAGUCAAUGUUAAAAUUCGCGGCGAACAUGGAAUUGUAAUCAUUCCAUUAGAGACGACCAAGAGUGGUGCUACACCAUUUCAGUCGAAAGCAACCGAUGAGUUCAUAUCUCGAACGACGGAUGUGGGUAGAAUCAAACGAAUUACUAUUGAAUGUUCGGGACUCGAUAAGAAGAAUAGUUGGCACUUACGACGAAUUCAAAUAACUAAAGGAGAAGAAGUUUAUAAUUUUCUUUCGAAUAUUCGUUUCAAUACAAAGGAACAAAAAUUAACUCUUCAACCACUUGAUCAAUACCCUCAAGAUUAUGUUCAAAAUGAACUACGUCGUUUGAAAGAAAAAAUUCGAGAGCAAUCUUCCAAAUUACAUCGACCAAAACAUCGAGCACAUGAACCCUAUGUAUACAACGACUUAGGCCCAUAUUUUGAUACAAGUGGUGUUAACAAAGCACUGGAUGGACCAUUAGAGAUUCCAUCUGGUUACUAUACGCGUGUAACAGCAUUGCGUGUCGUAGAACCAUGGGAAGCAUAUGGAAUGGAUUAUGGAGUUACGUAUGAGUUAUUAAAACCAAGAAGAAAUCGUAGUCAUAGUUCGAAACGAUCUUCAACUACACAAAACGGAAUGUUGAUGCUUCCACCGCUUUCACUUCCGUAUGGUGGUCAAAUCGCUUCAGUCACUUCGACGAGACGUUCAUCAUCGAGUAGUAGACAACGAGCAUCAUCGCGGCAAAAUGGUCAAUACUUGCAAACAGCUACUUAA